AUGGAAGAGGCCCUAACCGAUUUUUAGAGAGAGAAAAGGAAGAUGGGAUGCUGAUUUUGGAUAGUUUGAAGAGGGUUUUCCUCUCUGAUUUGGGAUGUUGUUCGAGAGAAAGCCCUAAUUAUACUCAUUUGUGAAGAGGCUCUACCUUAGUGUUAGAGAGAGAAAAGGAAGCAGGUUUUUCAUUUUCUUGGGGAAACAGCAAGCAGAGCUGAAGGAUUAGGUUUGGGCAACUAAUCCUAUAUGUACAAUUGCUUGCUGCUUUUAUGUUUGUUUUGACAAAAAAGCAGGCAAAUUGAGUUGGCUCCAAUUUUCCAAAGCUCAUAGCAUUGAGAGAGUUAAGGAUGGAUUCAAACCAAUCGGAAUACACAGAAAAGUCCUAUACUUCUGAUGGUGAUAACCCAUGGUGUGAAGAAGAAACUUUUGAUGAUAAGAAAUUGAGUGCAUCCUCCGACUUACAGAGAGAAUGGGAAAGGAGGCACAGUCAUUUUCAUACAAUUGGCUAUAGAGAUGGGAUAAUGGCAGGAAAAGAAGCCUCAGCACAAGACGGUUUUAAUGCUGGCUUUAAGCAAUCUGUGCUUGUGGGGUACAAUUGGGGACUAGUGAGAGGAAUUACAAGCGCUUUAGCUUGUCUUCCUGAUGACUUACGAGAAACUAUGGUUGGGACACUGGAGAAGAGUAAUAGACUUCAAGAGUUACAUGAGAAUGUGAAGUCCAUAUCAACUAAAGAUGCCCUGAAAUUAUUCCAUAAUGAUAUUGUGAACGCUGAAUCAGAGAACCGUGCUACAAAUUUGGAGGAGAAAAUGCAAGCAAUGUCUCUCUUGAGUGACGCCUUUGGUUCAAACAAGCUUGAGGACUUCUCCCAAAAGUUGGACUCCAUUCUUCGUGAGUCACCCAUUCCUGAAGUGAACACAUUACUGAACUCAAAAGUGGCUUAAUAAGCCUUCUUAAAAAUUGAUGGCUCGCUAAGGCGAAUAACAGAGUCUCCAUUACUUUGUUGUAUUAUAUUAUAUUGUUCAUUCCAUUUAUGAAUUUCAGUUGUUACAGAGUACUGGUUCAAUGUAAUUUAUGAUUAUUUUAAGGGUUUCGUUGUAUUUGUGAGUCCUUUUAUGGAAGUCAUGAAUUAUAUCUGUAUUCUCUUAUAGAUUUGACUGGAAUAUGCAUAAGUAUUGUUCUAUUCACUUC